CUAGGUGCUGGGCUACUCCUACCCCAGUCCCACAGAUCACUCUCCACAAACAAACAGAACAGAACUAUUUUCUAGCAAUUUUUUUUCGAUUUUCGAUUUUCGAUUUUUGUGUAGAGUGCCAGUGAAAAAUUACGGUUAGGUUUUAAAAAACUGAUAUAUAUAUAUAUAUUUUUUGAUUUCUUGCGAGAGGAAACCCCUAAAAAUUGUAGAGUCAUAGUCAUCAGUAUCAAUGGAGAUCAGGCCGCAGCAGGAGGACCAUCGAGAGGUGCUGGGCCGAUUCCAGGCGUUCCAGAGCGCCGACAUGGAGGCCGCCGAGGAGGCCUAUCCGGAGGAGUACGAGUACGAGUACGAGGACGAAGUCAAGACCCAGAUCAUUGCCGACGCCUUCGGGGAGGUGAAGAUCUUCGUGGAGGCCGGCCGGAACGACGCCUUCGUCCAGCUGAAGAAGCCGCAGCUGCACCGCUUCCAGCUGCCGGAACAGGAACAGGAGCAGGAGCAGCACCACCCCACGUCACAUGAGCUGGAGGGAUUCGAGCGAGCGGAGGACCACGAAAUCGACAAGUGGGGCAAGAACGAGGUCCUGGAGGUGGACCUGGUCAAGGCCAAGGAUCUGGAGCAGUUCGGCAAGAUGCAGCGAGACGUCAAGACCGGCGAGAAGUACAUCCUGCUGCCGGUGGACAUCGAGUUCCUGAUCGAUCCGGACAACAUGACCCCCGAGUCGGCGACGGAGUAUCUCAGUUCCUACGACCGCUACAAGGAGGUCCUGCUCUCGCGGUCGGAGGACAAGUCCAUGGACGUCCACACCAUCCACAUUCAGAACCUGCAGGGCGACAAGCCCAAGGUGGUGCACGAGCACGAGCAGGGCAACAAGGAGCUGGACAGGAUGGAACUGGACCAGGAGGAGCUGGACCAGGAGGAGCUGGACAAGCAGGAGCCGCGGAAGGAGGAGCUGCUGGAGAAUCAGCCGAACGUCACUCCCUCGGAGGAGACCCUGAGGGAAUCGGAGGAUCAGCUGAACUGGGAGUACCACAUGCACGAGUUCCAGGUGCCCAAGUUCAGCUUUCCCUUCGAGCUGAAUAUCGGAACCAGUCUGGACAGGAUGCUGGCGGGGGAGGAGCCCCUCUGCCAGGAGGACCUCGACCUGGAGGCAACGGCCGAGGCCGUCGAGGACACUGACGACGACGACCUGGACGUCAGUAUGACACUGAGGGAGUUUGAGUUCCUCGACAACGAAGAGGCUUUCUACUAAACUCCCUCACUAACUCACUCACUUAGUCACUAACUAACUACACUAGUCACACUGACUAAACACACAAAUUAAAAUAUUGAUCUAAUCUUAGAGCAACUCAAUGCCAACUGCGAUCUAUUAAAUCAGACACUGCAUCCAAA